GAAACAAACAUCCAAUCGCGCUCGAUGGCUCUGCGGACGACUGGCGGCGGUGCCAGUCGGUUGUCCUUGCGGACGGGGGAUCGCUGUCGACUGUGCCCCUAAUGGGCCGUAGGGCCAUGCUAGCAGCAUGCAAGUGCCAGUGCGCUUUCAUUUCUCAAAGAGCUAAGGCCCGAUCCCCCUACGCGACGGAGAGCUGUCUGCUCUGCUGUGCACGCGUCUCUCCGUGUCGCUCGGUCCUUAUAUCCACUCUUGCCCUCUCCGGCACCUUGUGCUGCGCCAGGUCGAGUUGCACAGUGUCGAGUGAGACGGUGUUGCGCCCUCGGUACCACCUGGACCAUGUUAGGCUUGUGCCGCGCUCCCACAAUCCGCGAUCCAACAUCGUAAUGGCAGCCGCUCCUAUUGCUAGGCCUACGGGCCUCCCCUCGUCGCCGCGCUCCCCCACCCUCAGCGAGAGGUCCUUCGACAGCUCCAUGAUCCUGCCCGGCGACGCCAUCCGCGCCAUCUCGCCUCCUCUGUUUGGGGAACGGCCGCCCUCGCCGUCCAGCUUCUACGCCCAUGCGAACCGCUCCACACACACGCUCACGUUGGCCACGGCGCCCCCACGACGCUCUCCGCAGCUCAGGAACUCACCACCCCUCUCCUCCCAGAGCUCGCGCUCCACUCUCCGAAACAUGAACCCUUCGCAAGCAGAUGCAAAAAGCCCGGCCCUGACUGUCGACACCAUCGCGUCCUCGCCCACCGUCCAAGACGGCCUUCUUGGCCCCGAGCCGAGUGACUACAUCAGCCACAGCCCCUCGCAACGGCGACUGAGCACCACGUCGAGUCUGAAUAGCGAGGAUCUGGAGAUGAUCAGGAAUAGGUGGCCUGGGUUUGACAGUCAAGGUUUUGACGAUAGCGGUGUAGAUCUGGACGAGGGCGACAACCAGGGCCAAUUCCCGAUGGCCACACCCGAAAGUGAGGUGGGCGACGAUCGAUGGCAGAAUGGAGACUUUCAGGCCAAAGAAAAUGCCUAUUCAUCCGAUCUGUAUGCGAAACGAGCGGAAAUGAUCUUGGCGGACGCGAAGAAGCGGCUCAACGUCAUGGAAAAUAACAUACGAGGUGCGCGACAGUCGCUCGUCGUGUCGCCCACGUUCAACAGCUCCAAGAUGGCAACCGAGUUCCAGCAUCAGAUCAACGCAGCACGCGAAAGAGACAGGAAACUGUACGCUGGAAUAGGACCCAUACCGCCCCGAAAUCGAUUGUAUCAAUCCUCACCGCUCUCGGCGACGGGCAGCCCGACUCAUUCCCGGGGCAUGAGCGAGACUUCUGUCCCUUUGCCGUUCUCAUCGCCGUCGUACAUGGCAAAGCUACAAGAUUCCAAACGGGCCUCGAGUGCCAUGGGACACGGAAGCGGGCCGUGGUCUCCUCAGUCUUAUGGAAAUGGUCGGUUCCCGAUCAGAGAGUCGCGGAGUUUCGAAGUGAUGCGCGACCCGCGCGGCCAGGAUGAGUCCUUGCGUACCCAUUCCAGGGGCUCUAGAUCGCCGUCCAACGUUCUGGAAACCUUGCCAGAGGACGAAUCGCCAAGAGUACAUCGUUCUGCAUCCACUACGAGCAGCUUGCGCGAUCAAGUACACGACCUCAAACAUCGAAUAUCGAGCCUGAGGUUGAAAACACAGGAAGAUAGUAUGCGACGGCGGAGUCAGCAGAGUUUGCGUGCACCCAGCCCCUUCACUUCAGCCGAAACCUGGUAUUCAGGAACAGAAGCGUACAAGACGCCAGGCUCGCCCAUCAGUGCCGAUGCUGGCGUGGGGUUCAAGUUGGAGUCCCCCAGCAGAAAGGUGUUGUACGAGGAUGAGGCUGGUGAUUCAACAUCGAAGCAGUCAGUCGCUGCAGCCCAGCAAGAUCACGCAUAUGCGGUGAAAGAAGUUGCCCCUGAGUACGAGCAAUCCCCACCUGAUGCCGAUGAGGCUGAGGGAUCAUUCCACUACGACGACUGGGAGCAACAGAAGGCCUCCAAAGCCAAUGUAGGCCUCGGUCUAGGCCUGGAUGAGACCGAUGAGGAUGAUUUCAUCUCAGUGAAUGGUGACGACAUCGACACAGGCUCUAGUGUCUAUGAAGAUGCUGUGUACGAAAUGCCAGCCACAGAACGGCACGAAGAUCGCAUAGAUGCCUUCGACUACGAAAACUUCUUCUUGCACAGCGCCAUGGGGACUUACAGCGCUGCUCGCCCAAGGUCUUCCAGCAGCUCCAGCUCCACGGAUUCGGUCGCUACUACCAGACCAGUCAAUGAUCGUAGCUCAGUCGCAACCAUCCUCCACACACGGAAUGUGUCCUCGGGCUCCGCGAAGAGGGUGUCGAUGCAUAUACGCAACUCGAGCCAGGCUUCCGUCUCUACAGUAGCCUCCUUUGCAACGGCUGCAGAGGACCUGUCUGAUGACGACGAAGAGAACCCGCAGAUGGACCAGUUCAGCAAGUCACUGUUCCCUAGCCAACAGCCUGUGGUGCAGGACACUGCUGCAUUGCCGCGCUCCGAUUCUGCUUACAAUGUAAGCAAGCCUGCGAGCUCGAGUUCACCAGCCACUAGUUCGACCUCCACGCUCUCCCGUGUCUCGUCUCCCAGUUCAGGUGACCUCGUCACCGGUCUGCAAACCUCGAAAAUCUUCUCCAUCCUUUCGCAAACGCCGCGGGACGAGCCGCAACUGGCCCUAAACGAAGAAGAGAAGCAGCUCAUCUACAGCCUGGCGGCUAGCUUACAGCAAGUCUGCAGCAACCUGCGGAGCACAACGAACGAUCAGUAUGUGCGGAAAGAAUGGCGGAGGAGACUCGACGAAGCUCGGCGAGUGCUCAACGGCGAGGAGUUGGAGGGUCAGCCUUUCUGAUACAUGCGCUUGCGGUAUUUCACGUAUUCGUCUUUCUGACAUGCCCCAGCUCCUACAGCAACAUCACCUAAUGCCUAUUGACGACCUGCGGCAGCUUCUUAGCGUUUUCGUUUCGCGAAUCUAGCUAUACUAGACCUGUCCUCGACUUUCUUUCUUGCCUUUCCACGCCAUGCUUAGUUGCAGCGAGGAGUCAAAAUUUGUGGCCCCCUCAUUUUCCACUAUUGCUUGAGCCAUGUGCUUCGGCACGCUUUCUACCAGUCAUGUUUUCUUGGAUCGGAGCGAUACCUCAUAGACGGCAUGCUCGCGCAUGUAAUUGAUACCCGGGGUGGAGAGGAGACGGUGCGGCCGGUGUAAGUGGGCUUCUACCUACUACCUUUUCUUCGUUCAUGUACCUACACACCUACCUACCUUCAGCCAUAAUGCAAAUACUAGUGCGUCCGACC